AGCUGGCCAUUUCUCUCAAGCACGAUCCAAUUUCAUGGCUGGUGCGGCCAGUGGUCAGAGAUUUUGAGCAUUAUGAGAUGAAUCUGCUGGCGUUGCCUCUUGAGCGUGAUCAGAUUUAUUCCAUCAAGCGACGAUUCCCGGCCUUUUCGGGCAAGGUUCCUGAGGAAGCACGUUUUUGGUCGGAAGAAGACCUUGAGGCUUUCUUUGGAAGCAAUGGCCAGAAGCAACCGCGAGAGAGUGCUCGACCAGGUGCUGAAACUUGUCCAUUGCUUUCACGCUUAAGGCUCGAGCUUGCCAAGAGAAAGAUCGAUGAGCCAACCAUCGAAUAUGCAGCGUUCAGCCGAUAUUUGCAGAGCGUGCGAGAGGACUGGUACAGGAAUCCUCGCCUUACCAGCGUAGCUGAGUGUACAGAGGUGUCACGCCUCCGCUCAUUGCAAGGGAUGCCAAGCGAGCCAGUCCUUUUAGAGAAGCCACGUGAUUGGUAUGCUCGAUUUUGGAAUUUGGACUAUUUCAAGCGGGACUGUGGUCACGACUAUUGGUUUUGCCGGCCACAGUUCCCGGCCUUUGAUGGCGAUGAAGCGGCCAUCGACCAAGUGGCACUUCAUGUCAGUAUAGCUGAGUAUGUUGAGUUCGCCCGAACUCUACAGCGAAUGGACCGCAAAUGUGACCAGGAGAAGAGUAUCGCCUUUCCACGGCUCACCAUGGAUGGCUAUGCCCCAUUCUUCGGUGUCAUGCGGAAAUUCUUUGAUGAGUGCUGGACCAAGUUGGGCCCCGAAGGGUUGCCUGACAUGACGCCCAGGCUCGCUCAAGUUUUUGCGCACGCAUUUUCUUUGCAAGAUCCUGUGGAGACGCUCUCGCGCUUUUACAAGGUGACUCUUGCAGCAACAGGCUCCAUUACAAGACUCCAUGUAGAGGUGGCUGGAGCCCAUAGCUGGUUCAAUCAGAUCGAGGGCAGGAGAGUGUUCUUCCUUUUCCCGCCAUCCGAGUCGCGGAAACUCUACGAAGAAACCGGCGGUCCCAUGCAGGAGACCAGCGGCUUUGCUACGAGCAUCAGCGGGGUGGAUCUCCUGGCGCCGAGCGCCAAGCGACACCCGCUCUUCGCUGAAGCCAAGUGCCAGGUAGCAGUCCUCUACUUGGGCCAGACUUUAGUGAUCCCUUCUGGCUGGUGGUGGUACUCGGUGUCGCUAGACCCCUCGGUGACGCUUUGGCAUCAGUUCUGGACAGAGGAGAACAAGCUACGUUUUCCCGAAAUCGCUUGGGAAUACUUCAACUAUCAGAAGAUGACACCAGAGUUUUGGACUGCUUUGCCUCAGAAGAUCGAGACCUUGAAAGAGACCAUGGGUGAAGCUGAGUGACGCAGGAGACCAACAGUCGCUGCAGUCCUGCCCAUCAAGGGACAUUUCGCCUUGCUCCAGCAAAGGUCAGAAGAACCAUUCUACUAGUAGCAAGGACGCUACUA